UAACUAUUAUAAAAAAAAUCUCAAAAAAUUUGAAAAGUGGUAUGCCGUCGGUAUAAAAAGGCCACAAAUAGCACCGAGGUGGCACUCUACCUUUGCUGCAUACUGUGUGGAUACAUUGUUUUGAAUCAUGGAUAUUUUGAAAGGAGGAAAGACGAUUGACUCGGGCAUGGAGAGCUCCUUGGAGUUUGCACAGCGGAUAAUGAAGAUGGUUAACUCCGCGACUCUGACAGUGGCACUCAGCCUGGGUGUUGAGACGGGACUGUUCAAAGUCAUGGGCGGACUCCAGGAACCGUCGACCAGCUCUCAGAUCGCACAGAUGGCCGGACUCAAAGAACGGUACGUGAGAGAGUGGUUAGGCGCUAUGGUGGUGGGCCGGAUUGUGGAUGUCAACCCAAUUGAGAAUACGUACUACGUGCCGCCAGAUCGACUCCCCUUCCUCGUCGAUGGUCCCAUGAACGUCGUUGCCUUCAGCCGACUGAUCCCGAUGCUGUGCGAAGCUUACGAUAACGUCGCCGAUUGCUUCCGAAGAGACGGCCCAGCAGGUGUGAGCUAUACCAAAUAUGGUAAAUUUCAUCAGUUUAUGGAUCACAUGUCGAAUAUGCUUCACAAUACGACGCUUAUCCCUGACGUAGUGCCCUCUAUCGCCGGUCUUAUGCCGUUAUUAGAGGCCGGCUCUGAAUGCUUAGACGUUGGGUGUGGCCGAGGGAGGGCGGUGCUUCUCCUGGCCCAACGGUUCCCCAGGAGCGCGUUCUGCGGUAUCGACAUCUCGGACGAGGCGAUCAACUUCGCCAGAAACGAAGCCAAGCGAUUGAGCCUGACAAAUUGUCAGUUUAUGGUACAGGAUGCAGCGUCCUUGCCGGAGUCGUGGAUGGAGCAUUUUGAUUUAAUUACUUGCUUCGACGCUCUCCACGACAUGCCGAAACCGCGGGUUGUUUUGAGUGGUGUGCACCGGGCACUGGCUCCCGGCGGUAUCUUCACCAUGCUGGAACUCAAUGUCCACAGUCACCCCUCCAAGAACAUCGGCAACCCGCGAGCUAUCGACGGCUACGUCAUUAGCCUGAUGCACUGCAUGCCCGUGUCGUUAGAGUGCGAGGAUGGGGCCGGCUUGGGUACGAUGUGGGGGCGAGAGAUGGCUUGCAAAAUGCUCGAAGAGGUUGGGUUUGCUGACGUCAAUGUGACGCCCUCCAAAGACAAGUUCAACCUUAUUUACGUUUCUCAGAAGAAGUCAGAGUAAAAUACUAUAAGGCUGAAAGUGGAAAAGGUAUGUUCUUUUUUGCGAAGUGCCAACCCUCUCUCACUGAUAGAAGAAGUAUUAUGCUUUUGUACCAAAUAAAAACCGUAAUUUAUGUUUAUACGCUGUUAUUAUUUCGUAUAUAAAGGUCAAUCACAUUGUAAUCUUAAUUAUAGAUUUAUCUUAAAGUUCACCCAUGCGUUCAAAGUACAGCAAUGAUUGGUAUUGGAAAUGAUGUUGUAGGCCUAUAUUGUAGAAAAUGCGGAAAUUGAAAGGUUUGACGGAGUCCCUCUCAUUUGAAAACGAAGCACUUCACAAACGUUGUAUUGACUUGUCCUCAUUUGAAGCGCUUUAUAUAAUACCCUGAACUAAACCUUUACAAAAAAAACCGGAUCGGUGUGUUUAAGGAUGAAAUAAAAAUAUUUGUUCUUCAUUCCCGAUGCAAUUAUUAACAUCUGAUCAUGGAGGUAGAAAUUCAUGCUCUGAUAAGAUAAAUUUUUUGGCCGAUUUCACUGAAACGGGACCACCGAAUUCGGUGAAAUACUUAGUUUUGUUGUAGGCCCUAUCUUUCUCCAAACCAGAGGAUGUGAGUGAGUGCAAAAAGUUCAACCCGAAUGGACACUAUGCCACUUCACGUGUGCUGACUGUACCCUACGGGGGAAAUCUGUGGCAAACUGGUCGAACGAUGGGUUUGAAGUGGUACGUGAGCUCUACGAAGUUCUGGAAGUGCCAUACGACAUGCUUGAUAUCCUGAGAUACUAAUCCUGCAGGACGAUUUAUCCCUGGAUGACGACAUCAAAAAGUAAGAUGUCGUCGUCCCGAUAUAUUUUAUCUUGGAGUGUCGACAUCAUGAGAUUGAGAUUUUCCCGUUCUUUUCAUUAGUGAAUGAUUUGCGAGAACUCUUCUGAAGGCAACAUCCAACUUUCGAGAUGUUGUCAUCCCGAGACAAUUGUCUCUGAUGGAUGUCGUCAUCUUAUUCUUUUUUGUUGACAUCAUCCUGCAAUAAAAUGUCUCAGGAUCUCAACAAGUUAGAGGGCACUUCCGGUGAUCCGUCGAACACUAACCAUGUAAAUAUCAUUAUGAGGCUACGUACAUUUUUUUAUUUUUUUUAAUAAUAUUUAUUGUAAAUGCUAGUACUUUUUAAAGUGAGAAUGAAAAUAAUGAAACAGUAACCUUAUUUCAAGCCGUUGCAGUGAAACGAAAAAAAAA